UAGCCAGCAGCGGCAGGAGUCCCCGGCGGCGGCGCCUCUCGCAGGACCCACACUCCGGCCCCUUGCCAUGGAGAGCAGCCUCCCUUCUCCCGCAGAGGAGCCCCGCUCCGCUGUGGGGCUGAGCGGGGCGCAGAGCCCGGAGCCGCUCGGGGCAGGGGGCUCCCAAGGGCCGGAGGAGGGAGGGAGCGAGGAAGGGGCGGCGGAGGAGAAGCCCCCCGGCCCCUGGCGGGAGGAGGAUGCAGCAGAAAGAGCAGCUGAAGGGAAGGGCCAGGAGGCGCCCGGGGACCCGGGCGCCGCGGAGAGCUGCGGAGAGGGGGAAGAGGAGGCAGGAGCGGGGAGCCCCGAGGGGCAGCAGCAGGAGCCUGGCCCCGCGCACUGCCCAGCAGGGGAGCGCUCGGAGGAAAGGGGCGAAGGAGACGCAGGGGGAAGCGGGGAGGGCAAAGGACCUGCAGAGCUCUCCGCGGAGGAGAGCACUGGAGGCGAGAGCCCGGGGCCGAGCCCCGCAGAGGAAGGCACCGGAGGAGAGAGCCCGGGGCCAAGCCCCACGCAGGAGAGCACCGGAGGCGAGAGCCCGGGGCCAAGCCCCACGCAGGAGGGCACCGGAGGCGAGAGCCCGGGGCCGAGCCCCGCAGAGGAAGGCACCGGAGGAGAGAGCUCGGGGCCGAGCCCCACGCAGGAAGGCACCGGAGGCGAGAGCCCGGGGCCGAGCCCCGCAGAGGAAGGCACCGGAGGAGAGAGCUCGGGGCCAAGCCCCACGCAGGAGGGCACCGGAGGAGAGAGCCCGGGGCCAAGCCCCACGCGGGAGGGCACCGGAGGCGAGAGCCCGGGGCCAAGCCCCGCGGAAGGGGGAGCCGCAGAACGGGCUGCCCCCGGGGCAGAACCGCCCCAGGCAGAAGAUCCUGCAGAGGCUGCCGGGGAGGAAGACGAGCCUGAAGGAGCCCCUGGGGAGGACGCGAGAGAGGAAGAAAAGCCUGGGGAGGUGGCAGGGGAGGAAGGAGCCCCCGCGGGAGGAGAGCGCGAAGAGGAGGAGAGAAAGGAAGAGGAUGGGGAGGAAGAUGCAACGGCAGAAGCAAAGCCUGAGGAAGGGGAGGAUGCAGCAGAGGACGAAACUAGGGCAGGAGAAAGUCAGGAAAGCACUGCACCAGUGGGAGCAAAUCCCGAAGACACCGAGACGAGCGAAGAAAGCCCCGCUGCAGGAGGCGCCGCAGGCCAUGCAGCUAAGGAAAUGCCAGCAGCAGCAGCAGCAGCAGAACAUGCGAGCGCAGAGGACGCUGCUACAAGAGAGAGCCCAGAGAGCACCCCAGGUGGGGAUGAACUGAGCAACCACCUGACAGAGCCACAUGCAACCGGGGACCCCGAGGAGCCUGCGGGAGCGGAGAGAGGCGAGGAAGCCAUGAACCUGAACGGCGUGCAGGGCAGGGGCGAGGGCGAGGAAGAAGAGGAUGAAGCGAGCACACCUGGUGAACCCGGGGAAGAGACGCAAGAGCAUGACAUUUCCCUCUUCGUCAAGGCUGGUAGUGACGGGGAAAGCAUUGGAAAUUGCCCGUUUUCUCAGCGUCUCUUUAUGAUUCUGUGGCUAAAAGGAGUUAUAUUUAAUGUAACAACUGUAGACUUGAAAAGAAAACCUGCAGACUUACAGAAUCUAGCCCCAGGAACAAACCCUCCCUUCAUGACUUUUGAUGGUGAAGUGAAAAUUGAUGUCAAUAAGAUUGAGGAGUUCCUAGAGGAAAAAUUAACACCACCAAGGUACCCCAAACUUGGGCCAAAGCACCCUGAAUCUAAUUCUGCAGGAAAUGACGUGUUUGCAAAAUUCUCUGCUUUCAUAAAGAACACAAGAAAAGAUGCUAAUGAAAAUUUGGAAAAAUCCUUACUUAAGGCCCUAAGGAGGCUGGAUAACUACUUAAAUACCCCCUUGCCUGAUGAAAUUGAUGCCUAUAGCACUGAAGACAUCACUGUUUCCAGCAGGAAAUUCCUGGAUGGAGAUGAGCUCACCUUAGCAGACUGCAACCUCUUACCAAAGCUCCACAUCAUUAAGGUUGUGGCAAAAAAAUAUAGGAAUUUUGAGUUUCCACCUGAAAUGACUGGGAUCUGGAGAUAUUUGAACAGUGCUUAUGCUAGAGAUGAAUUCACAAAUACUUGUCCUGCCGAUCGAGAAAUUGAGUUUGCAUAUUUGGAUGUUGCAAAGAGAAUGAAGUGAUGGAUUAAAAGAUAUCUCUAUUCUACAUUUCUUCAGAGAGCUGGAUGGGAACAAACCAAGAUAAAAACAGAGUACAUUAUGCAGCUUAAUUUUAAAUUCUGUGACUAGCCAAUCCUUUCUUUUCUUGCAUUAUAUUAAGCUCACUCUUAAAUUAUAUGUAUAUAUGUCUGCUUAUGUGUGUGUAUACACAUGCAUGCACACACACGUGUGUGUGUGCAUAACACAUUCUGUGUUAAAGGUAUCAGAUCAAAAUUCAAACAUUUGUUGAAAUUACGGUAAUGGGCUAGGCACACAAUUAUUACAAUGUGGCUGGUUACUCAUGGUAAAAAUACUUAAUUUGGAGAGUAAUAUUCCCUGCUUCUUAAACAUCUAGUGUGAUUAUUGCUGCCCCUAAUUUCUCAGUUUAUUUCAGCGCUAUUGUCAAAACUGACAGUUGACCUAGAGAUUUGUCUGAGAGGCAGAGGAACAUUUUUCUCUCAAGAUGUACCUAACAGAAAUUAUCUGUGACCUUCUGGGCUGCAUAAAUCUUGGAAGACAGCACUAUUGCUGUUGGCUGCACACCAGGCUGCUUUAUCCAGGAGAAAGAUCUGGUUUGAUGUGGAACCAACUCCCUCUUUCAAAAGCAACAUCUCUCUCUGCCAGGGAGCUACGGAUCAGCUCAACAAAAACCCUGUUUCCCACACUGCACAAGUCCCUAUUCUGUAUAUGUCUAGCCCUCAUCUCUCUAAGAUCUGCACAACCCAUGGGACUUCCUCCUGCCCUAGAAGUGGAGAGGAAUAAAUAUUGCAGCUGACCUGUGGACUAUGCAAUAAAGUUACUUGAUAUAAGUGAAAAGAGAGGGGUCCUGCCCCCUGCACUGGGAGAGGAAAUGGGAAAACCUCCCUGCCUCGUUUGCUGAAUGGAGGCCCCCUCCUCAACUCCUACUUGGUACUGGAAAGCAAUGAAUAUGGGGGCAGGAGGGCUAUUUAGGAGGUAGCCUUUUUCUUCUUCCUGACGGAACUCCAGAAUGUGCUGUACAACCACUACUAGUGAGAAUACCCCAUUCCCUUGGAACAGGGAACAUACCAUCGGAGAUCCAUGGAACAUGAAUGGGCUACAGCCACAGAGGCUGCUUUCUGCUGGUACAGCCCUCAGAGGCACAAUCUGUGCAAACCACACCCCCUGCACUUGCCUGGGAGCAAGAGCACCAGACUAGCUACCAAAGCUGUGUUAUCCCUAUGGUCACCAGGGAGUCAGUCUCUGAUGCUUUUGCACAAUAUAUUUUUGAUAGGGUUAUAUGUAUUUAAAGAUGCAGUAGAUCUAUGCAUACUAGAUGGAUAUGAAAUAGAUCAAAGGGUCUAAUAUAAUAGCUAAGAAAAAAAACACAACCCUCUAUUUUAGAAUAGAUGACCUAUUCCAUAUCAAGCAGACAUCUGCUUUUCUUACACGUUUUACUUGAUUGUAUAUUUCCAGUUUUCAGGUAUACUUUGUCUGCACUGUUUAAUGAUAAAAAUACUCAGUUCUGAUGCAUAUCUUGUAUCACAGUUAUUUUUAAAGUUAAAUAUUGAAUUUUUAUUUUGCUUUCUUUAGAGAAAACAGACACUUAAACCUGUUUUGCAGUACAGAACUUAAAUAUUGGGGUUGAUAGCUGAGCAAUCACUCACCAAAUGUUACUAACUGCUGCUUUGUAUUUUCCAACAUACAUAUAUAUAUUCUAUAUAAUCUUUUCAUAUGCCUUACAAAUUUGAAAAGAAAAUACACAAAUUGAUAAGUAAAUGGAAUAUCCUGUGUUUAUUUCAGUGCCAGUUUCCUGACUACCUGCAGUCUAUCAUUAGCCUGGAUUUUGAGAGAGAAAGAUGAAAUUAACAAAACCUUGAUUUGUCUUUAAGAACUGGAAGAACAUUUUAGGCCCAGUCCUGCAAUCAGUCCCACACAGCUGCAAGGAUCUGCACACACAGACCCAAUUUCAGGAUUCAAUCCCCAGUCUUGCUGCUCAGAAGUGUGUGGCUUAUUGCUGAUUCAACUGAUAAUGGUUUACUGUGUUAGCUACAUUUUUUUAAAUCAGUAAAGACUAUCAUCUG